UUGCCGGAGUCUGCAAUAGAAGAAAAAAACAACAAGGUUACAAAACUGAAAAAUCCCGUCCGGAGAAGAUCAACGGCGGAUAUCUGGAAAUCACUGUCUCCUCCCUGUUCCGGAAACUCAAUCUUCAGUUUAAUCAGCGAUUCGGAUCAUCUUGGCCGGCUGUAUUUUGGAUCAUUCUGUUUCACCAUAGCGUGUGUUUCAGUACUUUGAUCGAUUUCUGUAUUUUAGUCAUCUGUCUAGGUUUCUAGAAAAAAAAUCUGAUCUUUUGUAGUUUUAGUAAUUAGUAAUACAUUGUUUGUUUCGGCCUGAGAAGAAUCUUAGUCCAGACACAACAAAGUAACAUCUGCUCACUGGGGAUGGAUCUAAUAUUGAAGAGCACAAGUUAUUUGUAGAGUGAAUUGGGUGUGAAUGAAGAUGGGUUUAGAAUCUUCCGGUGAAUUCUUCUUGAAUUUUCCCGAAGAUUAACAGCCCUAUGCUGGGGUAUCAAAUGGUGGGCUGCCUUGGAUAGUUUAUAGCUUUGGAUAACUUGUAUAUUGCUAUUAAAGUAGAUUUCUCUAUUAAUGGAUGAUGCCAGUACUAGUUCUGAGGAAGGGACACAAUGUAAGUCCCAGGAAUCAGUAUCCAAAAGUAGCUCCUCCUCCCCCUCACCAUCGCAGUCAUCAUCUGUGUCACAUGCCACUUCAUGGCGCCCAAGUCAGCUCGCCUUCGUCCCUUUUUCAAAAGGUUUUCUAGAUUCCAAGCCUGAGAGCUUGGGCGUGGUUGUCAGAAGACCUUUGGUGGCAAGAUUAACCAAGGACAUUAUUGAGACAUACCACAUAUGCAAUCCCCAAUUUCAAUAUUCAGAGGAAUUGAAUCCAAAGAGAUUCUUGACCACCCCUUCAGCAGGAGUGUUGAAUGAUGGACAUGAUAAUGCAAAUUCAGACCUCAUUCUGUUUUGCAAUCUUGAGUUGACCAAUUUAGGCACCCAAAGAAGGUACAUUGUCAAAGAUAGUCUUGGGCAUGGUACCUUUGGACAGGUUGCUAAGUGCUGGGUUGUGGAAACAAAUAGUUUUGUUGCUGUUAAAGUCAUAAAGAAUCAACCAGCGUACUAUCAACAAGCACUAGUAGAAGUUUCUAUCCUGACAACAUUGAAUAAGAAGUUUGAUCCUGAGGAUAAACAUCACAUCGUUCGCAUUUAUGAUUACUUUGUGUAUAAAAGACACUUAUGCAUUGCUUUUGAACUGCUGGAUACUAAUCUGUACGAGCUUAUAAAGUUAAAUCAUUUUAGGGGAUUAUCAUUAAGCAUUGUUCAAUUGUUUUCAAAGCAGAUCUUAAAUGGAUUAGCUCUUAUGAAAGAUGCCGGUAUAAUCCAUUGUGACCUGAAGCCAGAGAACAUUCUCUUGUGCACAAGUGUAAAGCCAGCUGAAGUGAAAAUAAUAGACUUUGGAUCAGCAUGCAUGGAGGACCGGACUGUAUACUCCUAUAUUCAGAGUCGGUACUAUCGGUCACCUGAAGUUCUACUUGGAUAUCAAUAUACUACUGCUAUCGAUAUGUGGUCAUUCGGUUGCAUAGUGGCUGAGUUGUUUCUGGGACUUCCAUUGUUUCCUGGAGCUUCUGAAUUUGAUCUUCUGAAGAGGAUGGUCAAAAUACUAGGGUAUGCUGUGGGUCAACCCCCUGAUUAUAUACUAAAGGAUGCUAAAAAUACCAGCAAGUUCUUCAAAUGUGUUGGGAUUGAUAACCAUGAAGAAAGGGGCCAACAUACAAUUAAUAGUUGUACCAGCAUAUAUCAAGCUUUGACUGAAGAAGAAUAUGAAGCUAGAGAGCUGAAAAAGCCUGUAACAGGGAAGGAGUAUUUCAAUCAUAUGAACCUUGAAGCAAUUGUGAGAAAAUAUCCUUAUAAGAAGAAUCUACAAGAGGAUGAUAUUGUUAGAGAGAAUCAAAUACGGUUAGCACUGAUUGAUUUCUUGAGGGGACUUGUUGAGUUUGAUCCGGCAAAACGGUGGUCGCCUUUGCAGGCUUCAAAACAUCCUUUUGUAACUGGGGAGCCUUUUACGCAUCCUUACCAACCUGCACCAGAAACCCCUAGGAUGUAUGUUUCUCAAAAUGUAAAGGUGGAUCAUCACCCGGCUGGAGGUCAUUGGUUUGCUGCAGGCCUCUCUCCUAAUAUUUCUGGCAGGAACCGAGUUGCAGUUCACAACAGUCAACCUUAUCAUGUAGCUGCAUAUACACAUAUAGGCAGUUAUGGUAGUUUAGGAAGCCAUGGCAGUUUCAAUGAUUGUGGUGGGCUUGGAAGCAGCUAUGGAAGCUAUGGUGAUACUAAUAAUAAUUUGCAAGCAUAUUAUUCCCCAGCAGGACCGUCCGGGAUGCAUCUUUGUGCUCAGAAUGGUUCAUCAAUUCUUGGAAGCAGUCCAGACGCAAGGAGAUUUAUGCAUCUUCCCCAUGGAAAUACGCUUGGUGUCAGUCCAGGAAACCUGGUUCCUAUGUCUCUUGGAGUUAGUCCCUCACAAUUUACUCCUCCCAGUAUGUAUAGCCAAAUGCCAGUCGGAUCUCCUGGGCAGUAUGGUCCCACUUCGCCUGCAAGGGGAAGCAGUCACGGGUCACCCUUAGGGAAAAUGGCGGCAGGUAACCAGUACAACAGAAGAAAAGGAUGGGGUCAUCAUGGAAGUUUGCAAUCUCAAGAGACCCAAUCAUCCCCGCACUGGCAAGGGCAGGCUAUAGAUAACACUAACUCAAGCCUUCCCAACUCUCCUAUUUCUGGAGGUUCUUUGUUGCAUCUACAAUCCAACUCAAACUCCACAGCCUGGAGACAGCAAGGAGGAAGUGCUGCACCUGUUGGUAACUCUGCUGCUCAAAACAUUAUGGGUACGACAAGACAUGCUUCUCACACACAAUUUGUGCACCCACAAGGGACUAGACACGAAAAAUCUGAAGCUAGUAAUUCAUUACCCGAUCCUGGAGACUGGGACCCAAACUACAGUGAAGAGUUACUUUUGCAAGAGGAUGGCCCAGAUAUGAGCAACAUGACUACUGAUUUUGUCAAGGCAAUGCAUCUAGGUCAGUCUUUUAUCUCCAAGGAACCGAUGGCUGGAGCAAGAAGACCCAGUUUGGCGCAAAGAACAAAUGGACCUAUUCAAACAGUGUUCCAUGGAGAUGUGGGAAUACAUCCUUCAGUACAAGAUCUGCAUGGUGGUGGGGGGUUUGCUCACACCAUGGCAAACCCAGUCUAUUUUAUGCCACAUCUUGCACAAAAUUCCCCAAGUCGUUUCUCACAGCCGCCUGCUCAUCGGUAUAGCCAAGGGCGGUUGGCAGCUGCUCGUGGCCAUGAUUACCAUAAUAAGGCGCAUGUCCCUCAUUCCAGUAUUAGCUCUGAGGAUAAUUAUCCUUCUGAAACCACCAAUGGAGCAUCAUGGGGGCGUAGAGGAAACUUCUCUGCUUCAAACAUUCCACCAACCUCACGCACAAGAAAAGAUUAUGGAAGAAUGGUCUGAGUCUCUAAGUUGAGCUUUGUCUCCAGCUAUAAUCGGACUCUAUUAGUAGGAACGGGCAAGACCACUUUUAACUAUGGCUUCACCUGCCCUCAUUUAUGUAUCAAAAACCAAACAAUCGCUUGCCCCACAUUUGCAAGUUUAUUUAAAUGUGUAAUUCGAGAUCCUCCCUUUUUAUCUCAUGUUCCUCACAUGUUUGGUCUCUUGCUGGUAAUGAUCGAGUAUACAAGGGUGGCAAUGGCGUUUCCUUCAAAGUUUUAUUUAUUGGGAACUAUUUGAUCAGGCCUUGAUGGUCUAUCUUACUGUGCUGGUGUGGAUGAAGCUAGGCUGGCGAUGGCUGAUGAAUGAAGAAGACUCCUUCAAAUGGAGUUCGGUGUGGUCUUUGAUCAUUUUCCAACAUGCUUGGCCAAUAUCUCUGUAAAACUAAAAUGCAGGUUUGUGGGCCUGUAUUAUGCAGUAUUCUUUCUAAUUUAGUCCUGGCGUCCUGCUCUUGUUUUUUUUUGUUAUUUUAUUUUAUCAUAAAAAUUAUAUAUAUUUCAAUAGGUCAGUGUGAAGACAGUGAUUGAUUUCUGUUUAAUGAAGCCAUGAAGGGGUUGUGAAGGGGAGUUUGUUGUCUUGGUAGAAAGUUCAUAUGUUUCUGCUCUAAGUGUAUGAGGAUGUACAAUGGCGUAUUAUAAUUUGUUAAUAUAAAGAGAUUAUUAAAAUUAGAAGUUAAAAUUUUGUUUUAAAAAAUUGGUUGAUAUAAAUAUUAUUAAAAUUGCAAGUUAAAGUUUUUAUUUAAAUGUUCAUUGAAA